AAGGCAGUGAGUGACAGGACGUCAACCAGGAAAUCGACUACGCGUAUUACUCAGCACUGGACGUUCUUCGAAGCAUGCGACCUGCUCUGCGACAAGCCAGGACGCUGCUGAACCACGAUGCUCACCAGGCCUCGAUACCCGCAUUCCUCUGUCCUGCCCUCCUCCGAGUGCCUGCCCCCACCACACCGUGUCGCAAUGUGCGACCACGCCAGCCCUCGAAGGCAUUCUCGACUUUUAGACAAGCACGGCAAGAAGUCAACACAUCUACACACUCGACGGAUGCGCCUGUCGCCCGCAGAGCACUGCCGCGAGCAUGUCCGGGAUGUGGAGCGCCAACACAAGUCUUCGACAAAAAAGAGGCCGGCUACUACAACAUAGACAGGAGGGUGGUCCGCGAAUACCUGGACUUGGACCAUGGCAAAGUGGAGGGCGCGACCGAAGAGGACAGCAUCUACUCGCAGGCGCUGGAGAAGAUGGACCCAGAGCUGCUGAAAGAGAUGGGACUGGGCCAGGACACGCUCGAAGCACCAGGCGGCGCAGAGAAGCAGUCUGCAGAAACCCCAGUAUGCGACCGCUGCCACAACCUCAUCCACCACCGCGUGGGCACGCCCAUCCACCAUCCCACCGUCGAGUCCAUCCAGCAGACCAUCGCCGAGUCGCCGCACAGGCGCAACCACAUCUACCACAUUGUCGACGCCGCAGACUUCCCGCUGUCAAUCGUCCCGAAUCUGCAGUCGUCUCUACGCAUACCCAAGCUGCGCACACAGAACAGGCGAGCAAAACACAAAGGAUGGGUGGCCAACGACCGCAUCGCAGAAGUCAGCUUCAUAGUCACAAGAGCCGAUCUGCUGGCCCCCAAGAAAGAGCAGGUGGACAGGCUGAUGCCGUACGUGCAGGAAGUGCUACGCGACGCACUCGGGAGAGACAACAACAAAGCUCGUCUGGGCAACGUCAGGCUCGUCAGCGCAAAGCGAGGGUGGUGGACCCGGCAGGUCAAAGACGACAUCUGGGAACGCGGAGGCGCAGGCUGGAUGGUCGGCAAAGUCAACGUCGGCAAGUCGAAUCUCUUCGAAGCCGUCUUCCCCAAAGGUCGAGGCGCCGACUACCAAGACGUGCGCAAGAUCCGCAGCACAGCUGAGCGCGAGCAGAUGCUCGCCAGUGCAAAGUCGCUAGACGAGCUCACCCAGAUGCAGCGCCAGCUCGCCGACGAAGACGACGAGGUCCAAAAACGACUCAACAAGCCAAGGGAACACCUCCACCAGCCCCCCCAGCCCGAACAACCAACCCCAGAAGAAGAAGAAGAAGACGACUUCGAAGACCCCGACGCGCUCCUCCCUCCCCCCCAACCCUACACAGCCUACCCCGUCUUCCCCAUCGCCUCCUCCCUCCCCGGCACAACCGCCUCCCCAAUCCGCAUCCCCUUCGGCCGCAACCGCGGCGAGCUCGUCGACCUCCCCGGCCUCGCCCGCACAACCCCCGGUCUAGAAACCUUCGUCCACCCCGCCGACCACGACUCCCUCACCAUGACGCACCGCCUCAACGCCCCGCGCUUCGCCCUCAAACCAGGCCAAUCCCUCAUCCUCGGCGGCGGCCUCAUCCGCAUCACCCCGCUCACAGAAGAGCUAGUCUUCCUCGUCCACCCCUUCACCCCCAUCCACCCGCACGUCACCCGCACAGAGAAAGCGAUAAACUACCAAGCCCAAUCCUCCGACCGCACCCUACAAGUCCCCCCCAUCCUCGCCCCAAACGUCGGCCCGCAAAUGUCCUCCGCCGGUAGGUUUCAACUCAAAUGGGACGUUACCAAGCAGCUCGCUGGCCCGCUUACCUCCUCUGUCGCCGCGAAGAUGAAGCCGGAGAACCUGCCCUUUCGCGUCUGGAGCACGGAUAUCCUGAUCGAGGGGUUGGGCUGGGUGGAGAUCUCGGCACAAACCCGCCGCCCGCAAGGCUGGUCGCCCGUCGGCAUGGCCAAAAAAGAUCCCAAUGCUGCUCGUACUGCUAAACUCGCUGCCCAGCGCGAGAUGGCGCUGUAUAAGGACCGUAAGUUUAGCGCCAUCGCGCGCGCGGAGGAAGAAAAUCGCGAUCCGUUUGCUGCUGUGCGGGAGGAGUUCGCUAAAGGGGAUCCGUCUACCAGCGAUGGUGUGCCGGCCAGGGGCGAUGCGUUCUCGAGACCCGAUGUGACGCCCGGCGACGCACUCGCAGACUGGCAGCUCGCGUACCCCGAGAUCGAAGUGUUCAGCCCGUUGGGCAAGUUUGUCGGCGCGCGCAGACCCAUGUGUGCGAGUGCUGUUAGUGGGCCGAGGCAGAUUAGUAGUCGGGAGCGGACGGUGCGGCCGAGGAGGAGUAUGAUGGAAGAAAGGAAGGAAAGGAAGGAGAGGGAAGAUUUAUGA